AAUAAAUCAGCAAGUUAUCUAGCUUCGCACUCUGAUGUCGACUGAAAUUGUCAAGUGCAAUCUAAGUACUCUUGGGAGGCGAAAGAAUUCUAACAAUGAACGUGACCUAAGCCCGCGGAGUAAAAUGAAGAUCCCCUAUUUAGUACUGACACUAACUUGUGUCUUUUCCUUCUCCUGUACCCACGCUAAAAUAGGUUAUUUUUGGCAUAUAACAGAUUUUCAUUACGAUCCUCUUUACACCCCACAGGGAGAUACACGAAGAUAUUGUCGGCGUGCAGACGAACGCGGCAGUUCUGGACAUCACCGUGCUCUCGGUCGCUACGGGGACUACUCGUGCGAUAGUUCGCUAGAGCUCAUUGAGUCCGCCGCCAAGUACAUGAGGACACGACACUCAGAGAACGUCGAGUUUGUACUCUGGACGGGGGAUAUAAUAGCAGCUAGAUACACCGGCAAUGAGGAAGAGAGGUACCGGGCGAUCAGAAACAUGACAGAGUUACUCGGAAGGACGUUUAGCUCACAUUUCGUGUUUCCAGUCCUUGGACACUUGGACCCUUCACCUUCAGAGACUCUUACUAAUCUGUGGAUGCACUGGUUGCCUCUAGAGGCAUUACAAACGUUUAAAAUCGGUGGUUAUUAUACGAUAGAACAGUCGCAUAGUAAACUUAGAAUCGUGGCUCUGAAUACAAAUUUAUUCGGAAUCCGCGAAGUGAACAGCGCACCCGCAAAGGCUCAGUGGGAAUGGUUGGACGCUGUUUUAGAUAAAGCUCAAUCGAAUAAAGAAAUGGUGUAUAUAGUGGGUCAUUCAGCGCCAGGAACAGACCUACGUCCAGCUUAUAACUCUUUAUCUGUGGACGCAAACGCAAAAUACUUGCGGACAAUACGGCGUCACGCAAAAAUUAUUGCUGGACAGUUCUUUGGCCAUUUACACGCGGACACUUUCCGCGUUAUCUACGACAAAGAUCAACCCGUAUCAUGGGCGUUAUUAGCACCUUCUGUAAGUCCACACCACGACCCAGCAGGUUCGUCAAAUCCGGGACUCAGACUUUAUAAAUUCGAUUCUGACACCGGUAAGGUCCUAGACUACACGCAGUAUUACUUGGAUUUAGCGGCGGCUAACCGCGCGGGCUCGGGCGCCGAGUGGACUGCCGAGUAUAACUUGACCCAGUACUACGGACUGCGCGACGUGUCUGCGGAUUCAUUGCAUAACCUAGCGGAUAAACUUCGUAUAGGCGCGCCACACGAAACCGCCAUGUUUAAUAAGUACUUAAGGGCAUACAAUGUGAAAUACGAAAGUGCCGAUAACUGUGAUGGAGCGUGUGCGCAUCAACAUUUCUGUGCAAUCACAUGUUUGGAGCACGUCGCUUACCGGCAGUGUGUAGAGGCUGCGGCCAGUGCGCUAGCCGCGUCCGCACAGUCGGCUGACUUGAUCCUCCCAGCAUUACACGUCUUGUUUACACUUAUUGUAAUUCUAGUCAUAGUCGUCUAG